GUCACACUGGAGGCAAAGUAAAAUAAAAGGAAAUAAUUUAAUUUAAUUUUUCGCGUGCGAAUUACGAAAAUGACGAACGCCUAGCUGAUUUGCGUGAGACAACCAAUCGAAUCAAAACGAACGAACGGAGGAGCAGGUGGUCACCAGUUAGUGGGGAGCGGAACCGGGAGCGAUGACGAUGACUGCCUCGGAUAAAUACACGUACCAGCGAACCGUUUUGUGUUUGGCUCGCGUUCUGGCUGGGAUUCAGCCCACUCCCUGGGAAAAGGUGCAGACCCUGUUCCGGUAUUGUCCGCAGGAGAAUGCCGCUGGAGUGUUUUGUUUAGACACGCGGGCCCAGGAUGCGGUGAUCGCCCUGGGUAUUUACUAUCUAGAGGGUGGCUGCCAGCACGAAGGUCAGAUUGUGCCCUACUUGCUCCGCCUGGCAAAAUGUCUGCCCAAGGCCGUAUGGAUUGACGAUGCUCGGAGCAGCAAAGUCGAGCGCGUUCGCAUUCCCUCGGCCGAGAAAUUUAGCUUUUGUCUGAACACCCUGCUUUCUGAUAUCGCAGCGAAAUGCCCCGAUUCCCGCGAGGAGAUCAUCCUAAACCAGGUGGAAACGCUGGGUGCUCUUGCAAACAUAGUCAAGUCGAGCAGAGACAGCAGUUCGGCGCCGCCUCCCAUUAUCCUGUGCAAGGCCACCGUACCGCUUCUCUUUGGCCUGGCUCGCUCGAUGGGCCGCUACGCCAGCAACGACCCUCCUCUGUUGUGCCGCAUCUUCCCGCCAGAGUUGCUCCCCAUCCAGAGAGGCGGAGGCCGCGAUGCCACCGGAUCCAACAGCAGUGCGAGUGGAACUUGUGGCGGCUCCUUUAGCAGCAGCGAACGACUGGCGGCAACGCAUCACUUCCGGCCCAUAAUACCCCGCUCCAUGUCGGGCAGUUUGGCCCAGGCCCAGAACUUCAGCCACGACGAUGCCAGACAACGGUAUACGGGCGGAAAGCACAGCAAGCCCUCUCUGCACAGCUACUUCUCUGUGCCGUACGACCCACGGACGCACUUCUUCACGCGAUAUGGCUCAAGCUUUAACCAGUUUCCGAACAUGCGCGUCUGCGAAUCGCCCACGAAAGGAGGCCCGCGACCCUUGUAUCGAGUGCCACCGUUUCCCAUUCAGCAUCUGCAGACCAUAUUCGCGGUGUCUAAGAAGCUGCUAACCAAGGACACGCUGGAACAUCUGGAUGAGCAAGCCAGCGACAUCUUUUCGCUGCACCAGAUAAAGGGCUAUUGCUAUAAGAGCUUCUCGGAAACACUGAACCUGGUUCUGGUCACCUUGCUGCGCGAAUUGCUGCAGCAUCAAGUGGACCUGCCCACGCCGUUCACCAAGGAUGUGCAGGAGUUCGUCAAACGACUGUUCCUCAACGGGCAAACGGAGCUGCAAAACAAGCAGCAGGAUCAGGAGCGGGAGCGACGCGAGGAGAAUGGCAUCGCGGUGGUCAACAAGUACAAGGUCAAUGUGAUGGCCAAUGCGGCGUGUGUCGAUCUGCUGGUUUGGGCCAUUCGCGAUGAAACGGUUGAUGUCGACUAUAAUGUGCCAUCCCUGCAGAAUGGCUUACAAUUUUUAUUGAAGAAAGAGGCGGAUAAGCUGUGCGGUCGGCUGUCGCAGAAACUGAACUUGGAGCUCAGCCACAAGAUCGUCAUGGAUCACAUGCCGCUGCUGAUGGUUUGCCUGGAGGGACUGGGCAAGCUGGCCCAGAAGUUUCCCAACAUUGCCUGCACCUCGAUCUCGUAUCUGCGCGAUUUCCUUGUGGCUCCCAGCCCGAUUCUGGGCAAGCUUCACGACCACGCCAUGCAAACGCUGGCCCAGCAGAAAAAGGAGAAGGAGCUGACGCCGUUCAAGAUCGCGGUCCAGCACUCGGACUCGCGGACGGCCGUUGUGAUCUACGGGGACAACCAGAAGCAGACGGGAAGCGGAGCCGGAAGGAGUGGUCAUGCUGCGUUCGAGUCUCUGCGCGAUGCGGCCAUCGAGAAUCUGUCGAUCGCCUUGCGUGCUGCCCACACGCUGGACCAGUUCUGUGUCCCAGCCCUGGUGGCCAACGUGUCCAACCGACUGUUCACCGCCGAGAAGUCAGGCAGUGAGUCGCAGGGCGAGUGCCACAAAUCGAACCUGGUGAGCCUGAACAUCAUUGUGAUGCUGGGCCAUGUGGCCGUCGCGCUGAAGGACACCUCGAAAACCACCCAGAACAUCUUGCAGUUCUUCAUCCAGCGGUUCUGCAAGGUGCCCUCGGAGCAGAACGCCCUGAUAGUGGAUCAGCUGGGCUGCAUGAUUAUAUCGCAGUGCGAGACCCAUGUCUUCGACGAGAUCAUGAAGAUGUUCUCCCGCGUCACGGUGCAGUCGGCCUCCCUGGCCUACACUUCGGACCCGGAGCACCGGAAACAGUUUCACCACGUCUCGGACGCGGUGGUCAACGCGCUGGGCAACAUAGCAGCCAACAUCCAGGGCGACUCCGAGAUGCUGGAGCUGCUUGGCAAGCUGCUGGAGCUCUUCGUGCAGAUCGGUUUGGAUGGCGAGCGCAGCUACGACAACACGCCGGGCGCCCAGAAGGCCAGCUCACGCGCUGGCAAUCUGGGCAUGCUGAUACCGGUGAUUGCGGUACUGGUGCGCCGCCUGCCACCGAUCAAGAAUCCCCGCCAGCGGCUGCACAAGCUCUUCAAGGACUUCUGGGCCUACUGUGUCGUAAUGGGCUUCACAAAUGCCCGCCUCUGGCCGGCGGAUUGGUACCAGGGAGUCCAGCAGAUUGCCGCCAAGUCGCCGCUGCUCAUCUCGCAGACCGCCCACAAAUCGGACAUGCGGGAGCUCAACUACACCCUGGCCAUCAAGAGCGAUUCGGUGAACGAGCUGCGCAGCCAGAUCCUGGUGCUCCUGGAGCACUCCUCGGACAACGUGGCGACGGCCAUCAACAAGCUGUCCUUUGCCCAGUGCACCUACCUGCUGAGUGUCUACUGGCUGGAGAUGCUGCGCGUGGAGAACGCGGACGAGCCCAGUCUGGAGCCGAUCAUGAGCUACCUCUGCGACACGGCGCUCCAAAGGGACAAGACGGGCAUCUGGCAGUGCGUCAAAUGCGUUGCAGACCAGGUCUUCGAGAAGUUCCGCAACGUCCUGUAUGCGCACGACGAAAUCCGCGAAAAGGUGCUGGAAUCGCAGGCCACCCUGCUGCUGGUCUACUUCAACCACAUCCACAAGCCCAUCCAGGUGGUGGCCGAUCAGUACCUGUCCUUCCUCGUCGACCGUUUUCCCCAUCUGCUGUGGAACCGCCGGGUGCUCUGGUGCAUGCUGGACAUCCUCCAGCUGCUGGCGUACUCCCUGAGCCUCGAUCCGAACGAGGAGACGCCCACGUUGCGGGUGGUUUCCACUCCGUACACCCUGCAGCUGAUGGAUUCGCUGCCGGCGAGGGAGCUGCGCCUCAAGGACUUCGCCGACCGGUGUCAGGGCAUCGUCAACGAGGCCAUGAAGUGGGCGCCGCGGUCCACGCGCUCGCACCUGCAGGAGUACCCCAACCAGAUACCCACGCCCGUCCUGGCCCACCACAGCGGGCUGGCCCUGGCCUUCGACUCGGUGGUCAGCAGCAGUGCCUUGCACACGGGAACCAUGAGCAAGCGGCCGAGUUGCGUCAACUCCGACACGCCUCGGUUCGUGUCGGUGCUGUGCCUGCGGAGCAAGUACGCCGGCGAGAUCAGCGGUCUGCUGUCCGUGCUCAGUGAGAAGGACAAGGCCGGGCUGGCGGAGCGGUUGGUCAGCGAUGUGUGGGAGGCCUGCGCCGAGAAGAGCGAUGCCCGGCACCGUGGAGCUCUGUGGCGGGCCACAGCCUACCUGAUCAUCUGCUCGGAGAUCGACAGGAAGCUGCUGCACGCGGUGGCCAGUUCGCAGCUGGAGCUGUUCACCGAGUCGGCGAUGGAGACCGCCGUCGAGUGCUGGCAAUGGGUGCUGACGGCCCGGCAGGAUCUCGAGCUGUGCUUCAUCCAGGAGAUGGUCAGCGCCUGGCAGACGACCUUCGAGAAGCGGAUGGGGCUGUUCGCCUGGGAAACGGAGGUCACGAAUCCCCUGGCCGCCUACGAGGGCUGCAAGCUGGUCAGCAAGCCCAUACUGAUAGCCCCGCACCUGAUUUGGCUGCAGCUGCUCUCCGAAAUGGUGGACACUGCCAAGUACUGCAACCGGGACAAGGUGGAGAUGUUCUGCCUGCUGCUGCACCGAUGUCUUCCCAUUCUCAAGAGCAGCAGGCAGAACCGCCAGGUGUCCACGGUGGGCUGUCGCUUCAAGCUGCUGCAAUGCGGCCUGUCGCUCCUCCAGGGCAACACCAUACCCAAGUCGCUGGCGAGGAACAUCCUGCGAGAGCGGAUCUACUCCAAUGCACUGGACUACUUCUGCGGACCGCCCACGUGCCCGAACCAAAGCAGGGAGCAGUUGCUGGAGGACAUAUUGAUACUGCUGAAGUUCUGGCAGACGAUGCGCAGCGAGAAAAAGCAUCUGGUCACCUCAGAGGUGGGGGACUACGACCUUACCAACGCCUCGGUGAGCUCUACCCAAAUGCUGGCCGUGAGGAACAAUCCGGAGACGGCUUCCCUGAUCAGCGGCAGCGGCCUGGCCAACGACUACACGCGCUCCAUGAGCGCCAGUGGCAAUGCGGUGGGUGCGGCGGGCGGUGGCAGCAGCAGUGGCUGGUACAACACCAUCCCGCACUCCACGUCCACCUUGUCGAAGCGAUCGAACCGCUCCAAGCGGCUGCAGUACCAGAAGGAUUCGUACGACAAGGAUUACAUGAAGAAACGCAACCUGAUCCUGGAGCUGCUGGCCGUCGAGCUGGAGUUCCUUAUCACCUGGUACAAUCCCAACAGUCUGCCGGAUCUCGUAGUGCCAGGGGAGGAACAGAUCACGGAGUGGCGCAACCGGCCGUACAAGCCGAACGUGUGGCGGGACUACGCCCGUCUCGCAUGGUGCUACAACCCCACACUGGCCGUCUUCCUGCCGCAGCGGAUCAAGAAUGCCGAGAUCAUCGACGAGGAGGUGUCGCGACUGGUCUGCUCCGAUCCCAUAGCGGUGUGCCACAUCCCCGAGGCGCUGAAAUACCUCUGCACCACCAAGAACCUGCUGCAGGAGAGCCCGGACCUUGUGUAUAUCCUGUCCUGGUCGCCGGUGACCCCCAUCCAGGCGCUGGCGUACUUCUCGCGACAAUACCCGUCGCAUCCCCUGACCGCUCAGUACGCCGUGAAGACCCUCUCCUCGUACCCGGCGGAAUCGGUGCUGCCGUAUAUUCCCCAACUGGUCCAGGCACUCCGGCACGACACCAUGGGCUACGUGGUGGAGUUCAUCAAGAACAUCUCGCGGAGAUCGCAGAUCGUGGCCCACCAGCUGAUUUGGAACAUGCAGACGAACAUGUUCAUGGACGAGGACCAGCAGCACAGGGAUCCCAAUCUGUACGAGGCGCUCGAUCAGCUGUCGCAAAGUAUUAUCGCUUCGUUUUCGGGCGCUGCCAAGAGAUUCUACGAGCGGGAAUUCGACUUCUUUGGAAAGAUAACGGCCGUGUCCGGUGAGAUUCGCUCGUUCGCCAAGGGCAUUGAGCGAAAGAACGCCUGUCUGGCGGCGCUCAGCCGGAUCAAGGUGCAGAGCGGCUGCUAUUUGCCCUCCAAUCCGGAGGCCAUGGUGCUGGACAUCGACUACAGCAGCGGCACGCCCAUGCAGAGUGCGGCCAAGGCGCCGUACUUGGCCAGGUUCCGGGUGUACAGAUGCGGCAUCACGGAGUUGGAGACGCGCGCCAUGGAGGUUUCCAAUAAUCCGAAUUCCCAGGAGGAUGCGAAAAUGACGCUGGGCGUGGAGUCGUGGCAGGCGGCCAUAUUCAAGGUGGGCGACGACGUGCGCCAGGACAUGCUGGCCCUGCAGGUGAUUACUAUCUUCAAGAGCAUCUUCCAGCAAGUGGGACUCGAUCUGUUUCUGUUCCCCUACCGCGUGGUGGCCACCGCUCCAGGGUGCGGCGUGAUCGAGUGCGUGCCGAAUGCCAAGUCGAGGGAUCAGCUCGGCCGACAGACGGACAGCGGCCUCUCCGAGUAUUUCCAGCAUCAGUACGGCGACGAGAGCUCCAAGGAGUUUCAGGCGGCGCGAGCCAACUUUGUGAAGUCCAUGGCCGCAUACUCGCUGAUUGGCUAUCUGCUGCAGAUCAAGGAUCGUCACAACGGAAACAUCAUGAUCGACAAGGAUGGCCACAUCAUUCACAUAGAUUUUGGCUUUAUGUUCGAGUCCUCGCCAGGUGGCAAUAUCGGCUUCGAGCCCGAUAUGAAGCUAACCGAUGAAAUGGUCAUGAUUAUGGGCGGCAAGAUGGACUCGCCGGCCUUCAAGUGGUUCUGCGAGCUGUGCGUGCAGGCCUUCCUUGCGGUGCGUCCGUACCAGGACGCGAUUGUCUCGUUGGUGUCCCUGAUGCUGGACACCGGGCUGCCCUGUUUCCGGGGACAGACAAUUAACCUGUUGAAGCAGCGGUUCGUGGCCACCAAGAAUAACAAGGAGGCAGCCGCCCACAUGCUGGCUGUCAUCCGGAAUUCGUACCAAAACUUCCGCACACGUACCUACGACAUGAUUCAGUACUACCAGAAUCAGAUACCCUACUAAGCCCCAAUUAGUGGCGCCUCUUGUUCGUUGUUGUUGGCCAAAAGACACUUAAGAAAUCCCCAGAACUUCAAGCUGCUACAGAAAAUAACUCGUAACCCUAUACGUAUUAUUGUUUCGGUGCCGCACCCAUAUGUAUUCCCCCUUACCCGUAUUUCCAAGAUGUAAUUCUUUUUUGUUUCGCGUACUUAUAAGAUGUUGAACUUUUUCCAAGAUUUUACGACGCAUACAUACGUUAUACAAUAUUUAAUAUUAAAUCAAUUAUAGGGCAAUAUGUUAUACAAUGGUAAAUAUCUGUUAUUAAUGGGAAGUGAAAGUAACUUGUUUAUGGUUCUAACUAAUAAAUUGUAUUCCCGAUCGA